AGCAGUCAUGGCGGCGCCCGUGUCCUGGAGGAGGCUGUUGAACUCCGUGUACUCCGCGUCCUCUCCAGCCGUGGCGGGGGUCUUCAGCCGAAUCACGGACCGCCUCUUCAGGGCCAGGGACCGGGGAGGCGGGUCCUCCGUGCUCCUCUUGGCUCCUCUCCUGGCCGAGGCCGACCCCGCCCCCCGACGCGUCCCCAGAACGCCGGGCUCGGCCGGGGCGCAGGGCUCCAGCGACGGCCCCUGUCCUCACUUCACAUGGAUGUCCCAACACGUCCCGGCAUUCCGAGUCCCGGGAACGCACGUGCACGUACUCACCUCCCCGGACCAGUUCUACCAGACCAUGAAGGCUCGGAUCAGGACGGCUCAGAGGAGGGUGGUCAUGGCGUCUCUGUACCUCGGCACGGGACAACUGGAGCAGGAGCUGGUGGACUGUAUGGAGGAGGCUCUGGAGCGCUCUCAGGAGAACACCUCUGAACUCAAAGUGUCCGUGCUGUUGGAUUAUACACGAGGAUCUAGAGGUCUGGAGAACUCUCGCUCGAUGCUGCUGCCGCUCUUGUCUCGGUUCUGGUCUCAGGUGCGAGUGUCUCUGUACCACACUCCGGACCUCAGGGGGCUGCUCCGCCUCCUCGUCCCUCAGAGAUUCAACGAGACCAUCGGGGUCCAGCACAUUAAAGUCUAUCUGUUUGACGACAGCGUCAUCAUCAGCGGGGCCAACCUGAGCGAGUCGUACUUCACAAACAGACAGGACCGGUACGUUCUUCUGGACGACUGCGCUGAAGUGGCAGAUUUCUUCUCUGAUUUGGUGGAGGCCGUGAGCGACGUGUCUCUGCAGCUUCAGCCCGACGACUCGGUGUCAAUGAUGGACGGAAUGGUUCACCCGUAUAAAGGAAACAGACAGGACUUCUCCAGAGCGGCUCAGAGCAGGAUCAUGGAGGUGAUGAACGAGGCGCGACUCAGACAGAGGCUCCAGGAGGAGAACGGAGCGAGAGGACGGAGAGAGGAGGAGGAGGACGGAGCGAGGGAACACAGAGGAGCGAGAGGACGGAGAGAAGAGGAGGAGGAGAGGGAGGAGGAGGAGGAGGACACGUGGGUUUUUCCUCUGGUCCAGAUGAAGCCUUUGGGAAUCAGUCUGGACGAGCAGGUCACACAGAGGCUCCUGACAGACGCCGGCUCAGACUCCACGGUCUUCCUCACCUCCGGGUACUUUAACCUGACCCGCGCUUACAUGCAGCUGGUUCUGGGAGCGGGGGCCCGGUACCGCAUCCUCACCGCGUCUCCCGAAGUCAACGGCUUCUUCGGGGCCAAGGGGGUUGCCGGUUCGAUUCCCGCCGCCUACAUCCACAUAGCGAGACAGUUCUACGACCAGGUGCUGCGGCUCGGGCAGGAAGAGCGGGUGCAUCUACACGAGUACUACAGAGACAAGUGGACCUUUCACGCCAAAGGUCUGUGGUAUUACCUGAGUGGACAGCCCCGCCCCUGCCUCACUCUCAUUGGCUCUCCGAACUUCGGGUAUCGAUCGGUGCACAGAGACCUGGAGGCUCAGAUCGCCAUCGUGACGGACAACGAGGAGCUGCAGACGCAACUGCAGGAGGAGCAGGAGAGGUUGUACCGCCGCUCGUCUGAAGUCUCCAGCUCCACGUUCGAGCGUCCGGACAGACACGUCCAACUCUGGGUCAAACUGGUCACUCCGCUCAUCAAGAACUUCUUCUGACCCGCACACAGGUGGACGCUCGUUAUUCUCACCGGUGACGACUCUGCCGCUCGGCCUUCUGGGAGUGUGAGUCUCGUGGCUGAACGCAGAAGCUUUUGUUUUAACGGGACAUUUGGCUGGACCGGCCUCGCACUCGCAGGAACCACCAUUUAUUUUAUUUAACUGUGAAUCUCGUCUAAACAUUUCAGCAGGUUUUUCAAAUCUGAGGUGAAAUAAACUCAGAAAAGAGCCUUAAAAUAUGAAAAGUGAUUUACGGCUUUGGAACGAGCUGGAAUAUAAAGAGUAAAUGUGGGAUUUUGUUUGUAAAUUAAGACUGAGUGAAGAGUUUUUCAACGAUCUGGGGAUUUUUACUGGAAUUUAAAGUUUUUCGACUGACAGAAGUUUAACAUGACACCAAGUUUACAGUGAAAAAGGAAGGAAAAAGGAUUUAAGACGUCUGCAAACUGAAGACCUGGUUUAGACCCGGUUUAGACCCGGUUUAGACCCGGUUUAGACCCGGUUUAGUCCCCGUUUACUCCUGGUUUAGUCCCCGUUUCGACCUGGUUUAGACCCGGUUUAGUCCCUGUUUAGACCCGGUUUAGUCCCCGUUUAGACCCGGUUUAGUCCCCGUUUAGACCUCGUUUAGUCCCGGUUUAGUCCCCGUUUAGACCUGGUUUAGUCCUGGUUUAGUCCCCGUUUCGACCUGGUUUAGACCCCGUUUAGUCCCAGUUUAGUCCCGGUUUAGACCCGGUUUAGACCCUGUUUAGACCUGGUUUAGACCCGAUUUAGUCCUGGUUUAGUCCCCGUUUAGACCUGGUUUAGACCUGGUU